CAUCAAAAUGGCGCAAGUGAGGUAUGCUGUCAUCCUUCUGAAACUGCUCUUGUACUCGGCAUGCCUCGUGGCCGUGCGUUCUCAGCCUGACAGUCACAGUGAACACUUGUCGACGAUGAUUGCUCAGCAAAGCGGGAAAUUAACCACAGAGACGGAAGUGGCUCGGAAACGGCCCAUUCCUAAACCCUCGCGUACAGUGGACAACGUAGACGAGGGAAACAUCCAAGGCAUCGGUGACAGUGGAAUCGAAAGAACAGUGAAACAAGAGGAAGAAAGCAGUGAGGAUAAAGUAAAUAGGAAAAAGAGCGACAACGGGAAUAAAAGGAAUAGUAGCAGCGCCCGCAGUAACCUGCCCGCGGCUAAACUGCAGGAUCUCAAAUCGUCAACCUCUUUAGUGGGAAAUUUACUCCUGCUCCUGAUUUCGGUCGUCAUCGCUGGCUCCUUGUUCGUCAUGCUCCUCUGUUUCGUCCAUAAGUGGAAGGAGAACAUGGGAACGGCGCGGUACCCACGAGUCGUCUACUCGAUGCUACGCCAGAGUGAGGAGGAACCUGAAGACGUUCUUGGGGAGAUCCUCAUCAACAUAGGCUUGGCGACGCCCGAGGACACGCGACCCAUCACCCCGACGACGUCCUCAGAGACAUCCGAGACGUCGCAGGAGGUGUCUGAUCACGAGGUGGACGUCAACGCCUUCGACGGCUCCAGAUUCACGACGAUUCCCCUGAGGUCGGACGAGGCCGCCAGACGACUCAUGGCCCCCGAGGGAGAGGAAUCGGACGAGGAGUUGCUGCAGUGAGGGAGUGUGAUUGUUGAGUGUGGUCUUCUCAGCUCUUCUGGUGAAUCAAGCAGAAGAUUCUCGUAACCGUAAUAUUUUUUUUUCUUUUUUUUUUCUUUUUUUUACAAUGGCAAAGAUCCUCAAGCCCCAGCGCAGAUUGUAGUUAUGUGGUGACUGCUUGUUCCCAAAAACGUAAAGUAGAAAUAAGAGGAAAAGGGAGAAUAAAGAGAAAAGAAAGAGGCGUAAAGGAAGAAGAAAUGAAUAGGAAGGACAAUACGAAAAGAAAAGGAACGAUAAUAUAUAAAACAUGUAUGGAUACUACAUGGUGUCCCUAUAUCCUACUGGGAACAGUGACUUUGUUUUGAAAAUAUCCUUCAGUACAGUGCACAACAUACCUGCAUAUUCUUACUUUCACCAUCCGUCCUAAAAAGAAUAUCCUUUUUUCCAUAUAUUUAUGGGAAUGCAGUAACAAGUGCAUACAUGGAAAACUUCAUUGGUUUAUUUGUGAAUGAUGUGUUAUUAGAGAAAAAAAGAAAAGAAGAAAAAAAAACAGAAACAAUUUUUUUAAAACAUGUAAAUGGUCUACCUACAAAAAGUACUUUGUGUAGUUGUGCUCGAUAAAGUCUGUUCCGAGAAUUUAUGUAUCGUCUUGUGCAUAACAUGUAUAUCAAGUGGAAAUAUACAGCCAGUUAUGAAGGCCAAUGCAGUUUCCAAUUUCUUUCGUGAACGGUGCGUGUUAAUUAAAAUCUUUGAGAAAGUCUGUGAUUUUCAACUAUACUGACUUGAUAGCCUCAGAAAAUGCAGACUAAUCCGAGAGAAGGUCAUGCACCCCAAUGGAUAUUAAAAUCAUGCGAAUAUGGCACAAAUGUACAUACGUGACAGAACCGAAAAUCCCCCAAACCUUAUUCUCAUUUAAAAAGAUUUCCAUGUGACAGGGGUACGUGGGAAAACAGGGCUUUUAAAAAAAACAAUAUAUAAAGACUAUAUACAAGUAUAUAUGUAUGUAUGUAUAGAAAAUAAGAUGCUGAAGUAAAGCCGAGGCUGAAUUGAUACAAAGAAUAAACAAAAUGGCUUUAGGAUUCAGCUUGUGUAAGCAAUAAUGUAAAUCUACAGAAUUCAGUUACGUUGGCCAUGUUUUUUUUUUUUUUUUUUUUAUAUAUUUCCUUUAUUUUCUUUUAAAUACCUUCUUUUCCCCGUUUAAUUUAAUACCUCCUGUAGCGAGCUUAAUAGAAAGAUCUAGAAAAUCAUAUAGUAAAAAAGGAUAUAAAACAUUGCUUUGAUUAUAAUACAUUUUGUGUGUUUGAGACAUGUGCUUGUUAUAUGUAUAUUCUAAGGCAUACAUAUACGUGUUGAGAAUGUUUUUGCUUCCAAGUGUCCCAGGCAGUUCCACACUCUCCGUCCGAACGAAUAUCAUCUUUGUACACAAAAUAUGUGCACGUAU